AUGUCUGAAGGAAACCCAGUUCCUGAACUAAUUGACGAGUCGCCAGCGAAAAGUGACUUCACCAGGGUAUGUAAAGAUCUAUUAGCAGGAACUGCUGGAGGCAUCGCACAAGUGCUCGUCGGCCAGCCUUUUGAUACGACAAAAGUUAGGCUACAAACAUCCCGAACACCCACAACUGCAUCGACUGUUGUGAAGGAUUUGGUCAAAAAUGAAGGUUUCCGGGGUUUCUAUAAAGGCACUCUAACUCCACUUAUCGGGGUAGGUGCAUGUGUUUCUGUUCAAUUCGGAAUGAACGAGGCAAUGAAGAGGCUCUUCAGAAGCAGAAACCCUCAGCAAGGCGACGUGCUUACAUUACCUCAGUACUAUGCCUGUGGUUUCGUGGGAGGAACAUCGAAUGCGUUUUUAGCGUCUCCUAUAGAGCAUGUCAGGAUUCGUUUGCAAACGCAAACUAAAAGGGGCGGGGCAGCCGAAUUUCGUGGCCCCGUUGACUGUAUUCGCAAGCUUGUUGCCCAGAAGGUACUUAUGAGGGGUUUGUCUGCCGCCAUGCUUCGAGAAGCUCAUGGAUGUGGUAUUUACUUUUUAACAUACGAGGCUUUGAUCGCGCAACAGCUUAAAAGGAGGAAGCUUCGUACCGAGAUCCCGGCGUGGAAACUGUGUCUGUAUGGUGGAUUGUCUGGCAUGACUUUGUGGCUUUCCGUUUACCCGCUAGAUGUCGUAAAAUCCGUCAUGCAAACUGACAAUUUGACAAAGCCUACUUUGGGAAGUUCGCCCAUCCAAGUAGCCACGACAAUUUACGGGAAGUACGGCUAUUCUGCAUUUUUCAAAGGUUUUGGACCUACGAUGCUGAGAGCUGCGCCAGCUAAUGCCGUGACGUUUCUGGCGUUUGAGGCUGUCAUGCGUCUGGUGGAAUAA